UUCUCCGCCCCGUUCCCCACCAAACACACUCGCACACAGGCUCUCAAGGUGUUCUCCUCACAGCGGAAGAUGGCGACAGACUGAGGGGGCAUGGCCAGCGGGAACCAGGGGCCGUGCCGCUUGGCGGCCACCUCAGCGGUUCGAACGAGAGGCGGAAGCGAGAAGCGCUCUAAGUAAAGCCCGGCGUCCGCGUCCGCGUCUGCGUCCGCGUCCGGCGCCUGUGGCGCUGCUGGGAGCCAGGUGGCCCGCCGGAGCCGGAACUCCGGGAGCAGCCUGCAAGGAGCCAGAGCAGAGCCGGCCCAGGACCGGCACCGGCGAACGGCCAGAGCGACAGCGAAGCCCGAAGGGCCGGGCAGCGGGCCGACCGGCGGGCCUAGGAGGGCGGGAGAGAGGCAGGGAGCGGAGCGGAGCAGCGCGGGCGGACGGGCGGGAGCAGAGCAGCGCGGGGAGAGCGAGCGGAGCGAAACGCGGCGACCGGGCCCGCACGGCGGCGCUGAGGGGCGCAGAGGUGCGCCAAGCCCAGCCGAGACGGCCAGAACGGAGAGUGAGGAGGGCUGCCGCCGGCCCCGAGUGGAGUGUCGCGGAGCAGAAGGCAGCUGAGGGGCCCGACACUAUGAAGAGCGCGGCGCUGCCGCCGCAGCCGCCACCGCCUCAGUGCCCCGCACCGCCCCCCGCCGGGACGCCGGGCAGCGCCUAGCGGGCCGGGCGGCCGCGCCCGGGCUACGAGCGAGCGAGCGCGGGAGGGGCGCGGGGACGACACAAGAGCGCUCCGCGACUCCGGCCUGAGUGGGGCCCCGGGCUGGCCGGCCUGCCUCACCAUGCAGCCCCCGAGGUAGAACCUGGACGGCGCCGAGGAACGCGGAGCGGCGGGCAGUCCGCUCGCUCGCCCGAGACGGCCGUCCGGCCUCGUGCCUGCCUGCUUUCUCCAGCCCGGACCCCCCUGAAAUAUGUUCAGGGGCGCUUGGAUGUGGCCCGGAAAAGACGCCGCCGCGCUGACUAUCUGCUGCUGCUGCUGCUGCUGCUGGGCUCCCAGGCCGAGCGACAAACCUUGCGCCGAUUCCGAGCGGGCGCAGCGAUGGCGACUGUCCCUGGCGUCCCUGCUCUUCUUCACCGUGCUGCUCGCUGACCAUCUGUGGCUGUGCGCGGGGGCCCGGCCCCGGGCCAGGGAGCUGAGCAGCGCCAUGCGGCCACCCUGGGGGACCAACCGUGAGCGGCAGCCAGUCCCUCCUCGUGCGGUGCUGCCACUGCUGCCGCCGCCCGGCGAGCCCAGUGCGCCCCCAGGCACCUGCGGUCCCCGAUACAGCAACCUGACCAAAGCCGCCCCCGCCGCUGGUCCCGGGUUGGACUGCAGCGGCAUCCCAGAGCCCACGGGGCUGGACGCAGCUUGCACCAAAUUUCAAUCUUUGCAGAGAUUUUUCGAACCGACUACCCCAGCCCCACCUCUGCGGCCCCCUGACUCCCCUUCCCGUGCUCCGGCCGAGUUCCCCUCCGCCCAAAAAAACUUGCUCAAAGGCCACUUUCGGAACUUCACUCUCUCCUUUUGCGACACCUACACGGUCUGGGACUUGCUGCUGGGCAUGGACCGCCCCGACAGCCUGGACUGCAGCCUGGACACCCUGCUGGGAGACCUGCUGGCCAUAGUGGCCAGCCCGGGCUCCGGGGCCUGGGAGGUGUGUAGCAACUGUAUCGAGGCGUACCAGCGGCUUGACCGACAUGCUCAGGAAAAAUAUGACGAGUUCGACCUCGUGCUGCAUAAAUACUUACAGGCGGAAGAGUACUCAAUUCGGUCCUGCACAAAAGGCUGUAAGGCUGUCUACAAGGCCUGGCUGUGCUCAGAAUACUUCAGCGUGACCCAGCAGGAAUGCCAGCGCUGGGUGCCCUGCAAGCAGUACUGCCUGGAGGUGCAGACCCGGUGCCCCUUUAUACUCCCUGACAAUGAAGAAAUGGUGUACGGAGGGCUCCCUGGUUUUAUCUGUACAGGGUUGCUGGAUACUUCGCCAAAGCAGCUGGAAAGCAAGUGCUGUGACGUGCAGUGGGUCUCCUGUGAGUCGGAAAAGAAGAAGUUCAAGGAGUCUGAGGCCCCCAAAACCCACCACCAGCAAUUCCACCACUCCUAUUUCCACCACUACCACAAACAGUACCGUCACUACCAUCCCCGCCAUGACCCCCCAGGCCAUAUCAGCCACAAGCCCUCCCUGCUGCCGGUCUCUGGGGGCUCCCGCCUCAGCCCCAGCAGGAUCCGGCUCUAUGUCCUUGUUCUCAUGCUCCUCCAUACCAUGGUGUCCUUCUCCAGCAACCAGAGUGGUGGGGGACUGGGGCUGGAGGCACUGCCUGCCCUAGAUGAGGGCCUGACUCUGGAAGAGUGACAGCAGGGAGGGAAGACAGACCUCCACCACACACUGACAUCAGUUCCAGCUCCCCCAGGGGCAGCGGGAGGGGGCUCCUCCCAUGGGAGAUAUAGGACCAGGUGGGGGGGUGGGGGGAAAUGAGGGACUACACAUGGUCCCCAGCCUACUCCCACUCCAAAAGCAGCCCCAGCAGAAUGGCCAGAGGGCCCCAGGGAGCUGCAAAACUCAUCCAGGAGAAGGCAAGAGCAGCAGGCGCCCCAUCCUAGGCCCCCAUUUAUGGGGCUUCGCAAACAAAAAGGGGGGGAGUGGGGGCUGGCAUUGUCCACCCCUGCUGAGGACCCUCACCCCAGGGAGGGAGGCUGCUAUCCCAGCAUUGGCCCUGCAGGGAAUGUUGGGGGGCCCAGAAGGGAGCAGCUCUUUCCCCCCUUCACAUUCCUUUUGUUGCCAAGAUCCUUAAUUCCCUUCUGCCCAUACCCCAACACGGACGGUGCAGUGGCCCUCCUCCAGUUCACCUUGGCCCACAUGAGACCACAGUAGGGAAGUGCCAGGCUGGGAGAUGAGGUGUGCACAGUCACAGCUGGGUCAGGACUCCAGUUAACUGCCCCACCACCCUAGGCAAUGAGGGGUAGGAAUGGGAUGCAGAAUGAGUGGUGAGAGAGUGGAGAUAGGAAAGAGGGAGAGGAGAGUUGUAGGCAGAGGGCUUAGAGCAGCGGUUCUCAACCUGUGGGUCGUGACCCCUUUGGCGGUCAAACAACCCUUUCACUGGGGUUGCCUAAGACCAUCCUGCAUAUC